AUGGAGCAGGAUGAGCGAGAGGACGGUGAACACAGUCCGGGGCCGCUGUUUGACCACAGCGAUGCCGAAGAUACCAAUUAUCAACCUGUCUCUAAGGAGGAGGUCAGCCUGGGCGAUAACGAAUUCAUCGUCCCAGAAGAACCCUUAGAACAAGAACGCCUCCAUCAGAGGCUUAUUACCACCACAAGGAGCCUGAAGAAGCAGAAGCAGCGGCUCAUAGCCGCACGGGAUACGCUCAAUGAUAGAUGGAAUGAAGUGCUAGACGCUGAGGAAAAAUAUGGCUGCGAUCGGCAAACAAAGGGCUAUCCUAAGCGUAAACUGUUGUACGAAUUCGACGACGAGGCUAUUCCGCCUAUACCGCCGAAGAACAAUACCGCCAACAAGCCGGACCGACCACCUCGGGGACGAGACAGAGGUUGGAGGAACGGCAAUGAUGACCGUGAUAAGGGGAAAAGUAUUGUUGAGCCUGAACCCUCAUGGUCUCCGGACUUUAGGAACUUAGACGCUCCUGGCUCGUCCAUGCUGGUACCUCAGUGGUGUGAUUGUGAUGAUCAUGAUAAGGGGAGAAGUGAUGGUGAGGCUGAACCCUCAUGGGCUCCGGAGUUGAGGAACUUAGAUGCUCCUUGCCCAUCCUUGCUGGGUUCUAAUGGAUGGGCUAUCGGGGAAGCGCCAUCUACUACUUUAAUCGAGAGAUAUGUGGCAAUGGGUUUUCAAACGGAAAUGGUCGUGAUGAGCAUCAAGGAGAUUGGGUAUAGUGACGAAAAUGCAUUACUUGAACUACUUUUAACAUACAAGGCACUAGGUGAUGAAGAUGCAUUGGGUAACUGCUCUACUUCUGGCUGCGCCCCCCUUAGAGUUGAACAUGGUGAUGAUCUUGAUUUUGAGAGCUCAAAUGGUGAUGACGAUGCUAGUGAUACACAGCCCAGCUCCGGUGAUUGUGGUGAUGAGAAUUUUAUACGAAAGAUGUCAGAGAAGGACAAGAAGAUCAACCCAUUAGUACAUAUGGGCUUUUCUGAAAAUGACGCAAAUAUGGCUAUUACAAGAUGUGGUAUGGAUGCUGAUCUCUCUGUAUUGGUUGAUUCGAUUAGUGCGUCACUGGUUGCAAGAGAUUUUGACUUAUCUAAUCAUCAGGUUAUGAAUAGAUGCUCUGACUCCUUUAGAGGGACAAAGAAAAUAAGAUUGAUGGAAGAUAGAAAGAAAAAGAGGAAACGGUAUGGAGGUACAGCACAUGGCAAUCAAAUCUUCUUGGAUGGCAGCCAUUAUGAACAUAUGCCUCCCCCAAAUCCAAUGGUUGGAUUUAGCCUGCCCAAUUAUAGCCAACUAUCAGUGGACAGAAAAAUUCCUAAAAAAGCUAUCGGGCGACCUUUUUUCUACUACGAAAAUGUGGCCCAAGCUCUCACAGCUGCAAGGAAAAGAGGCUACAUCCACAAUUUGCCUAUUGAGAACAGAGCACCUCUUCUUCCUCUGCCUCCAAAGACAAUACUUGAGGCAUUCCCUCGGUACAAGAAGUGGUGGCCUUCCUGGGACACGAGAACACAGUUCAACUGCUUGCGAACAAGUGUGGCAUGUCAACAGCUGACAGGAAGCAUUGGUGCUCUUGCAAGAACAGGGAAUCCACCGCCUCGAAAUAUUCAAAAAGAUAUCAUCAAACAGUGCAAAGUGUACAAUCUUGUCUGGAUAGGAAAGAACAAAGUUGCUGCAUUGGAGCCUGAAGAGAUUGAAUAUCUACUAGGUUUCCCGAAGGACCAUACAAGGGGACUCGCCAUCACAAAUAGAUACAAAUCUCUCGGCAACUCAUUUCAAGUUGAUACUGUUGCUUACCACUUGUCAGUACUGAGGGGCAUGUUUCCCAAUGGAGUUACUGUGUUGUCCUUAUUCACUGGUAUUGGAGGAGGAGAGGUAGCUUUGCAUAGGUUGGGGAUCCACAUGAGGACAGUGGUUUCUGUUGAGAUAGACAAAACUAGUAAGAGGAUUUUCAGGGGUUGGUGGGAUCAGACUCAAACAGGCACGUUGAUUGAGUUUGAUGACGUGAAAUCUCUUACUGAUGCUAAAGUUGCAUCACUGGUUACUAGAUUUGGCGGUUUCGACUUGGUGAUUGGGGGCAGCCCAUGUAACAAUCUUGCUGGGUGCAACAGAUACAGCCGUGAUGGCUUGGAAGGCAAGGAAUCUGUUUUGUUCUACGAGUACCCCAAAAUCUUGGAGGCCGUCGAGGACGCUAUGUCGAGGAUGUAG